AUGGGGGAAGACAGCGGCAGCCGCAGCUCUGGGACCGCUAGGGAGCUGCGGAAGCUGAAGCAGCAGGCGAUGGAGUACUACCAGGAGAACGGCGUUCCGCGCAGGCUGGAAGAGCUGCUCAACUCCACCUUCUACCUCCAGCCCGCAGACGUCUACGGGCACCUGGCCAACUGUUUUUCUAAACUUGCAAAGCCUCCCACCAUAUGCAGAAUAGUGGGAAAAAGUAUUCUGGAUGGACUGGGGCUUCCUACCCUGCAAGUGGAAAUUUUCUGCACUGUUCAAAACUUCCCCAAGAGCAUCUGUUCCGUGGUGGUCCCGACCCACUUCGAAGUCCACGAGAACGCGCUGCCGGAGCUGGCCGAGGCGGAGGAAGCGGAGAGGAACCAGGCGGUGAGCACGGCAGUGCAGUGGGUCAACCGGAGCCUCACGGAGGAGCUGCAGGGCGUGGAGCCCUCCAGCCAGGUGGACGUGGAUCACACGCUCAGGACAUUCUUUGCAAAUAAAGUACAAGAAGAGAAGGAGAAAAAAGAAUUGGAAAAGAACCUGGAAAACUCAACAGUGUCUAUACCUGCACCUGUAAUACCACCCCCACCCCCCGCACCUCCUACAAAAAAGAAGCCACAAAAGCAAGUUAAGAAAGAAACUCUUACAGAGAAACCCAUUAUACCUGCAGAACCUGCUGAGCCUGUGUUCUAUGGCAGUAUGGCCAUAGGGGCCGUGUCACUGGCUGUUGCCAAAACCAGUGCCAUACUGGGCAACAGACCCCUCUACCUAAAUAUUGCAUCUCUGAAGCACGGUCAGGAGGAGCCAGCACUGCUCACCAUGCCUUUGCUGAUGGUCGCUCUGAUCAGCUGUGGGAAGUCGUCGCCUGGAAAGCUCAAUCUAAUGAAAGAAGUGAUUUGUAUUCCCCAUCCCGGAUUAACAACCAGACAAGGUGUGGAAAUGCUUCUGGAAAUUCAGAAACAUGUCAACAGGACAGCCGAUACGCCUCUUCCUCCAAAAGCCGAGACCAAAAAAGGACACAACGGGAACAAGAAGGGUCAACAGCCCAUCACCGGAAAGAUGACCCAUCUUGGCUGUUUAACCGUUAACUGUGACACCAUAGAGCAGCCGCUGCUUCUACUACAGGGCAUCUGUGCCAGCCUGGAGCUGGAGCUGGGAACAGAUCUGCAUUUAGCCAUCAACUGUGCUGGCCAUGAGCUGAUGGACUAUAGUCGAGGAAAGUACGAAGUGGCAAUGGGCACAUACAAAAACGCAGCCGAGAUGGUUGACCUGUACGUGGACCUGAUCAGCAAGUACCCGGCCAUCAUCGCCUUAAUUGAUCCUUUCAGGAAGGAGGACUCUGAACAGUGGGACAGCAUCUACAAUGCUCUUGGGUCCAGAUGUUACAUCAUCGCGGGAACCGCAUCCAAAAGUAUUUCCAAACUUCUAGAGUGUGGAGACAUCAGCAUCCCCAGAUCCAACGGGCGGAUCAUAAAACACACAGAUCAAACUACCAUGUCCGACCUGGUGGAGAUAACCAAUCUGAUUGACAGCAAGAAGCACAUCACCGUCCUGGGCAGUCCGGAUGGAGAAGCGACUGAUGACAGCCUUGUCGACUUGGCUGUGGGGCUCAGCGUCCGCUUUAUCAAGUUGGGGGGUCCUUCUCGUGGCGAGUGGGUGAUGAAGUACAACCGCCUGCUGACUAUAGAGGAAGAGCUCGUCCAGAAUGGAACACUGGGGCCCAAUGAAGAGCACGUGUUUUUUUACGUGAAUGAAGAAGCUGAGAAGGCACUGGAGGCUGCCGCUGGCGAACUGCUUGAGCCCGUGGAGCCCAUCUUCCCCACGGAGGUUGUGGAGGAGCCGUGAGUGUCUCCGGCCACAGUCACAGCCGCGCCGGGAACACCGGCAGCCUGGGGGCCUGACGCACAGCUCCUGGGCUCCUCAACCUCGGGAGCUCGUCUGCCGUUUUUAUUCUCUGUCACCGUUUGGUCAAAUACAUGCUUCACGUUUUUGCCUGA